AUGGCAAGUGUAACGGGCCCCGCACCGAAUCAGGCCGACACUGUAACAUUCUGGCGCGGCCUGUGGCCUGAUUCAGAGCCCGUAAACGAAAGCGAGGCCUCUUGGACGGAAGUUGUGGCGAGUCAGUGUGCGAGUAUAACGCCCAUGGACCUCGUCAUUAUGACGCCGGAUGAUGUAGCUAAGGCGGUCCGUAGGGCCCCGAACUGGAAAAAUCCGGGACUUAACGGGCUGCAUCACUACUGGCUGUAG